AUGGAGUCCAAACCGCAAGACGUCCUCCCGACGACGGAGAUCAUCCCUCUCGCCUUGCCCAAAGGAACCGAAAAGUUGUGUGAAUUGUGUCAAAAACGAGCAUACUUGCAGUGCGCCAGGUGUCGAGUCACCUUUUACUGUGAUGCGGAGCACCAGCAAUCCGACUGGAUAGGAAUCCACAAGAGGAUUUGCCAGUUGCUCAUCCCCAUUCGCACCCCAUCGCUCUUUAGUAUGCAGCGGGCUGGUCGUAUUGAAAACCUACUCAAAACGAAAGAGCUGAUUGAGAUUUGCAGAUUGGUGGCGGAGAGCAAACUCUCUGAGGGGAAGCAUCAGGAUGCUGUGCCUGCCGCCCAGUCUUGCCUGCGCUGUUCCAUAGAUGUGUACGGACCCAACACGGUCCAACUGGUGCCUGCUUACCUGCUGCUGGCUGAUGCUAACAUGGGCAUGGGUAAUCUGGCCCUGGUAGCAGAGCUCCUGUCCCAAGCAGAGUGGGCGGUGUUGAAGAGUCCAGAGUGUGGCUAUGCAGUCCACCACCGGCUUCACAGGAGCAUGGGCUGUCUCCACACAGCUACAGGACACUUUGAGGCAGCUCUUUUUCACUUUGCAAACGAUAUAUAUUUCGCCAGUGAGGAGUUUGGUCUGGAUAGCACAGUGACUUGUGGAGGUUACUUCCUCAUGGCUGAUGUGUUUGUCAAACAGGGGGAGCCCUCUAUUGUUCAUUCCUUGUACACAGAGGUGGCGGAGACUUGGCACUCUCAUUUAGCCAAACUCCUGCAAAAUGUCCAAAAGAACCCCGGCAUGGCAGAGCCAUCCUUUGAUAAAGGUCAGCAAGUGGAAGUGGACAAGAUGCUCAGGACCAUUUUAGAGUUUGAGCAGGAUGACACCCGGAAGGAACCCGCUCAGUUGGCUCUGGUGGCCCACUCCCUGGCCAUACUCUCCUUCCUGGGUGGAGAUGCCACCAAGGCACUGGGAUUUGGACGCAUGGCGCUGGGAGCGAGCCAGCUGAUACCAAACCAUGACUUGACUGAGCCCAUCCAGGCCCUUCUGCAGCUGCUGAGUAAAGACCCGCAGCUGACUUCCGCCUAGCCUCCACACCAGGGUUGGGCAGAGGAUGGCCCGUGGGCCACAUAGAACCCACUCUGUUUUUUAAUCCGCACACUGCGAAUUGAUAUUGUCAAGAGCCAUGAUAUUUGUUCUAUUGAUUUAGCAGUUUCUCCCCAAAACAUUGUUUAGUUAACAUUAUUUAAUCCGCACACUGCAAAUUGAUAUUGUCAAGAGCCAUGAUAUUUGUUCUAUUGAUUUAGUGGUUUCUCCCCAAAACAUUGUUUAGUUAACAAGUAUUUCUUAAUUUCGUAUUCAUUUAUCUCAUGAAAUAAUUUAUUGUAAUGGAAAUAUUCGUGUAACAAUUUGACACAUUUUGUAUUCAUUACAUUGUUAGUUAUAAGAAUACAAUGUAUUUAUUUACAUUUUAUUAGUUUGAUUUUAUUAACAUGUAUUUUUUCCCCCCUCAUCUUUUUACAUCGUACUAUCAUUAUGAA